AUGAAAAUAUCAGGUGUCUUUCUGUUCCUCUCUCUGGCUCUUUUCUGCUUUUUCUCAGGUGUCUUCAGUCAAGGAGAACAGGACAAAAGAGGCUGGAUCACAAGAUCAGAGAGCCGAUUGCCAGGGAAAGGUGUCUUAAGGAGGCGUCUCUCUCAAAUCGACUGUGGUGAGUUCCGUGACCCCAAGGUCUACUGUACCCGGGAAUCUAACCCCCACUGCGGCUCUGAUGGCCAGACAUAUGGCAAUAAAUGUGCUUUCUGUAAGGCAGUGGUGAAAAGUGGUGGGAAGAUUAACCUAAAGCAUGCUGGAAAAUGCUGA